UAGAUUAUUUUCUCUUUUACAAAUAAUCUGUCGCUUAUUUUUUUUAUUUUUAUUUUUUUAUAACCGUUACAGGAAACUUUUUACAUAUGUUUAAAUUUAUUAUGGCUUUCUCGUUAAAAUUAUUAUUUUUUCAGUAAUAUAAUUUCUAAAUAGAAGGAAGAACCUUGAUGUGAUUUUUUUGUAUUCAACGCUGAUAUUCUUGAAGGAGAAUAAAAAAUUAAAUUAACAGUGGGGAAUAAUGUUUCGAUGACUUUUUUCUUUUCGAAUUAUUGUCAAUCGUGUAAAAAACAUCAACAGUAUCAUUACUCUCUCUGAAUAAGUUUUAAAAUAUAUAAAAAAAAAAUCAAGUUUACUUUGUUUUUUAAAUAUAAAAAUUAAUUUUAAUAAUAAUAAUAAAAUGAUGAUUUCAUUGUCAUUUGUAUUUUUGUCAUUUGGAAUUUGUGGUGUUGUUGCAAUAAUUAUUUUUUAUUUGAGCAAAUAUCGUCUUUACAAAGCAGCAUCAAAAUUUACUGGUCCACCUGCUCUUCCAUUUCUUGGUAAUUGUCAUUAUUUCGCUGGCAGCACUCAAGAUAUUUUAAAUAAAAUAAUGGAACUAUUUAAUUCAUAUCCAUCGCCUUUUCGUGUUUGGCUUGGUAGUAAAUUAUUUUUUGCUGUACAUGAUGCCGAACAAAUAAAGACAAUUCUUUUGAGUCCAAAGGCAAUCGAAAAAGAGGAAUUAUACAAAAUGAUAAGACCCUGGCUAGGAACAGGAUUAUUUUCAGCCCCAGCAUCUAAAUGGAGAGUACAUAGAAAAUUAAUUGUACCAACAUUUAAUCAAAAAAUACUUGAAUCAUUUGUCGAAGUAUUUUCUCAGCAAUCAGAAAUUAUGAUAAAACAAAUGAAAAUUGAAAUAAAUGGUGAUGAAUUUGAUGUAUUUAAUUAUGUUUCACUUUGUACACUUGACAUUAUUUGUGAAACUGCAAUGGGUGUUAGUGUACAUGCACAAACAGAUGGUGAUCCAUCAUACGUUGAAUCAGCAAAAAAAAUGUUUGAAAUAGUAUUUUCAAGAAUGUUUAAAGUUUGGCUACAUCCUGAUAUUAUAUUCUACUGUACAAAUCUUGCAAAACAACAACAACAAUGUCUCAAAUAUCUUCACGGUGUAACAAAUGAUGUAAUUAAAAAAAAAAAAGCCGAGUUAUUGCUAUUAAAAAAUAAAAAAUUAAAUACUAUUGAAAUGCCUGAUAAUUGUGGACCAACAAGAAAAGCAUUUCUUGAUUUAUUAAUGGAGCUAUCAAACAAUGGAAUUAAAUUUACUGACGAAGAAUUGAGAGAAGAAGUUGACACAAUGAUGAUUGCUGGAAAUGACACAACAGCAUCAGUAAAUUGUUUUGUUAUUUUAAUGCUAGCAAAUUAUCCAGAAAUUCAAGAAAAAUGUUUUCAAGAACUUUGUGAUAUUUAUGGUGAUGAUAUUCAAGCUGAUGUAUUAAUAAAACAUGAAGAUUUAAAUCGUAUGGAAUAUUUAGAAAGAGUUAUCAAAGAAACAAUGAGAUUAUUUCCAGUUGGUCCAAUUUUAGUUAGACAUGUUACUGAUGAUCUUGACAUUGGUAAUUGUCAAAUUAAAUUUUACUUGAUAAUAAAUUUAUCUAUCAAUAAUAGAUUUUAUAACUUAACAGGUGAUUAUACAUUACCAAAAGGUAGCUCAGUUGUUCUUGGUAUCAUGAAGUUGCAUCGUUCUCCUGAACAUUGGAUUGAUCCACUUAAAUUUAAUCCAGAUAGAUUUUUACCAGAAGAGACACGACAUCCAUUCUGUUAUAUUCCAUUUUCUGCUGGUCCAAGAAAUUGUCUUGGUUUUAAAUAUGCAAUGAUGGCUAUGAAAGUACUCAUAGCAACUUUACUUCGUCAUUAUGUUAUUAAAAAAAAUAACAUUCAAAAUAUUCAAGAUAUUAAACUCAAGGUUGAUCUCAUGUUGAAACCAGUUGUUCCCAUUAAAAUUAAAAUUGAAAAAAGACAAAUUAUCCAUUGUAAAUCAUAA